GUAAGAAUGGGGAGGUUGAAAGGGUUGGAUUUGGUGGGAGGGGCCGGCAGAAGCACCUGGCCGCAGAGACAGACAGACAAAUCUAAAAGGACAACGAAUAUUCAGGCGAGCCGUUCAGCACCACAGCUCUGCUGUCCUAACACUUGCACAGACCAGGCACCAUGUCCGCCGCUGAAGGCCCUAAGUACGACCCCGAUGCCGACUUUCAUUACGACUAUCAGACUCUUCGUAUUGGAGGUCUGGCCUUCGCUGGGUUCUUGGUCAUUUUGUCCGUUAUCCUGUUGACUGGACACAGACUAUUCCGGUGUGGAAGGUCUAAGGCGGUAAAGAGGAAGGGACCACACAAGCUGGUGCCGGACUCAGAAGAACAGAAGGAUGACGAGGAGGACUAAACACAAGCUGUAGCAUUGCUGGGCAAAAUGCACGUUGUUAGUUGUGUGACACUGUAUUCUGUUUGUGUUGAUAAACUGUACCCCCACUGUA